AAAGUUAGGUUAGCUGGAUGUGUCUUUUCUAGUGUACAGAAGUUAGUUGCAUUACACCUAUACCCAUUUUAAAUAUGCUUGGUAUUAUUCCUAAAACAAAGGAAUAGGAGACAAAGCGUCAUGUCAUUGUAGGGUUAUUCAGGUAUCGUCUUGCAGAAGGCUGCUCACUGAUAACCCCGCCCACCGACCGCCAAUCACUCUUAAAGGCCACGUCUCCGCUUUUUCUACCCCCAGUUUUACAGCAGAAACCCUUCAUCCCUGAAUGCGAACGCAUUGCUGAGCAGGAGGUGAAUAAAGCAGACAGUAUGCUGCGGUGGAGAGUGUCGAAGCCCACCGUGCUGAGUCUCGUGUUAAUCCAGGCGGCUGCAGUGGUGCUUCUGUACGGUUGGUACAGCCGUCCACCGUCUCCAAACACUGCUGCGUCCGAGGGCAAGGUGCAUGUGCUGCUCCUGUCCUCAUGGAGAUCCGGCUCCUCGUUCUUGGGCCAGGUGUUCAACCAGCAUCCGGACGUCUUUUACCUGAUGGAGCCCGGCUGGCACGUGUGGACAUCUAUCCAGCAGGCCGGUGCGCGCAGUUUGCGGAUGGCGGUGCGCGAUAUGAUUCGCAGCAUCUUUCAAUGCGACAUGUCAGUGAUGGACGCUUACAUGCCCCAGCCGCGCAACGUCUCCAACAUCUUCAUGUGGAGCCACAGCCGCGCGCUCUGCUCUCCGCCCGCUUGUUUUCUCAGGGCGCGCGACGAGAUUAGCAAAGAGCAAGACUGCAAGCUGCACUGUGACACGCAAGGUUUGAAGCUCGCAGAGGCGGCGUGUCGGACUUACAGCCAUGUGGUGCUAAAAGAGGUGCGCUUCUUCGAGUUGGAGUCGCUGUAUCCGCUAUUGCGCGACCCAAGUUUGGAUCUGCGCAUCAUCCAUCUGGUUCGCGAUCCUCGAGCGGUGCUUCGUUCCCGUGAGCAGUCGGUCAAAGCCCUGGUCAAAGACAGCGCUAUAGUCCUGGAGCAGGCUAAUGUCCCAGAAAAGGAUAAGUCUUAUCAGGUCUUGCAGGAGAUUUGUCGCAGCCACGUGCGAAUUUAUGAAACCGCCACAUUAAAGCCGCCCGAUUUCCUGAGGGGGCGCUAUAAGAUGGUGCGUUAUGAGGAUCUAGUGCGCAACACGCUGGCCGAGAUUGAAGCCAUGUAUGAGUUUGUGGGUUUGGAGAUGACUGAAGAGUUGCAGGAGUGGAUCUACCGCAUCACACACGGGAAGGGUAAGGGAACGAGGAAGGAGGCCUUCAAGAUCACCUCACGAAAUGCCGAGGACGUCUCUCUGGCUUGGCGAACCACUUUACCAUUUGAGAAAGUCCAGCGCAUCCAGAAGGUCUGCAAAGGAGCCAUGACUCUGCUGGGAUAUAAGACGGUGGACAGUGAGAAAGAGCAGAAGCUGCUGAAUUUAGAUGUGAUGACCCCACGAGAGCGCUAUCAGUUCAGCUGGCUGCCCUCGAAAAGCACAACCACGAAAGUAUCAAAAACAUAAAGACUUAAGAACUGUGGCAUUUGCCCUCGUUCGCUUCAUACAAAAGGACAAUUGAACUUGAGUGUGCCAUUGAGCUGCAGAGAACGGGACACUAGAGCAAUAAAGCGCUGUUCUCUUCCUUAACACAGCUUUUAACACUGGAUGCUGUUUUUGAAGAAAUUAUGGUCCAAUAAUGAACUUCAAAAUGUAUUGACAGAGAAACUAUUAUGGUGUUUUUUUUAUUUAUGAAAAGAACAUUGCAUUUCAAAUUGACAUUGUAGAUGCGGGUUGAAUCAGGUUGACCAGUUCGGAGCAGACGUCACAGUUACGCAUUGUGGUGGCAGAAAACACUGGUAACGAGUGGAGGUGACCGGGUGAAAUCCACGGAAUAAGAGAAAAACGGUAGCACUUUAUUUUACAGUACUGUUACUCAUGUACGUAGUAUGUAUUUAUUCUAGUAAUUACGAUAACUAGGUAUUAACCCUGAACCUACCCCUGAACUUAAUCCUACCCUGUGAAGUUACCUUAUAUUAUCAGUACUUUCUUAGGUACUUACACUGUAAGUACACUGUAGGUGCAUGAAAGUGCACAUACUGUAAAAUAAAGUGCAACCGAAAAAGAUGUAUUGUUGUGCCUUUGGAUCUCAGAAUUGGAAUGCAAAUAAUUUUUAUAGAAUACAAAGACGCCAUAUGAAACUAAACGCAGACGUUUGGAUGGACAGACUGUUGAUGAAAACGGCUUAGAUUACUUUUAAAGCGUAAAUUUGAUUUAAACCAUAGAUCUACAUAAUAUUCACACAUGCAGUUCAGCUCAUUAGCCGUACAGUUAAAGCAUGAAAUAUUAUGUAAACCUAUAACAUUUUACAUAACACUUAACUAUUCUCACAGUGCUGACUAUUUUUCUCGCAAAUGCAAGUUUAUCCCCUGGUUUCACAGACAGGGCUUAAAAUGUAAGUCUGAGCUGUUUCAGCUGAAAGAAACUUGAUUGAUCUUCAAAUAUAUCAAUGCCUUUUUGUCUCAAGAUUGACACCAAUGUUUUUUUUUUUGUUCUUCUUCUCUAAGGCACGUUUAUAAAAAUUACUUGAAUGUCCUAAUUAAACUAUGGCCUAACCCUGGCUUAGUCUAAGCCCUGUCUGUGAAACUAGGCCCAUGUCUCUUAGUUCGGACUCGAUUUAACUCAACAACAGUGAGUUUGUCAAUUCUGAGGAAAAAAAGCCAGAAGUGGGGGAUACAAACUCAUGGUUGAUAUUUCUCAUCUGAAUUGUGAGAAUCUCAGAAUUAUGAGAAUAAAGCCAUCAUUUUAAAACAUAAACUCAAAUUUGCCUAUUUUAUUAUUCUUUAAUUAUAUGGCUUCUAUAGACUGCUACUUUAAAACUGAAAUUUUCUGCCACCAGGUAGGCUCCGCCCAUAAAAAAAAAACACUGUUAACAGUCAACACUAUUUGCAAACACAAAAUUGGUCUAUGGGACUGUGUUUCUCGUGUGUAUCACAAAAAUGCCAUUCAGCUUUCCACAGAUUUACAAUGACUCUGACUGCAUGAAGCUGAAUAUCAGUGUCGUGAAGAAAGUAGUUCCUGCUCCUUGAGACCCACUGUCCUGCAGAGCUGGGCUUCAGACCUAAUCAAACACACCUGAACCAGCGCACCAAGCUCUUCAGGAUCACUCAGUUUACACUGUCGGACCCAGGAGCAGGGGUCAAGACCUAGGAAGUAGUUAACAUUUGGUUGUAUGUUUGGAUGUUAUAUUAGUUUUAUUCUGUUAUACUAGAGUUUUUUUUUUUUUUUUUUAAGCUUUAGACUAGUUGUGGUCCACGUUCUUGCUGGAUUUAGACUUUAAUCAGAAAAAAAAAAUCUUUCCAACUGUGAUUGGAUGUGCCUUUUUUUUGAUGUUGCCCAUCAGUUGAAUCCUUGCUACAUGUUGCUGUGAAGCUCUUUGCCUAACUGAACAAAGAAAGAAAGACACAGUGGAUAAAUAUGGGUGCAAAAGCCAAAAAUAAUGCAGAAAUUUAAUGCAAAUAAUAGGAAACAAUUGCCUAAAAAGUUCCCACAAAGCUCCUAUAAGCAGGAUGUCAGAGCAUUCAGCUCUAAAUGCAUACAGAGUAAAAACAUUUAUUAAAAAUAAUAUAAUCUGCAAUAAUUAAAAGCAAAUAUAAUUAUUGUAUAAUCACCACUAAAGUUAUAUAAUUUCAACCAAAAUUAAAUAAUUACCAGGAUUCAAUUUGUGCUCUAUACAAAAAUUCCUGGGAUAAUUACUAGCAAAAAAUCCUAACGCUAGAUUUCCAAGUGAACAAUAAUAUACAAUAGAGCGAGUAUGUAAGUUAUGGGAGUAGCAUAAUAUUGGAUUUUAUAUGAAGGUAUUUAUGAGACCGUUAAACAGCAUACAGUUAAUUAUAUUACUUGGAGAAAAGAUUGUUUAUGCUGUUAUUAUUUAUUACACAUAAGGGCAAAAAGUGUUGUUGCUGCCAGUUUAUAGAUCAAGAGAGGCCUGUGCAAAAGAAAACUCCUCUUUCUCUGUUGAGUCACUCAAUUAUGGUUACAUGUGGCACUGCCUUAUUUUCUCACUUGUUUUACAAGACAAAAUACAUGCAGAUUCAAGAGACUAUCUUACAGGUUCACUUAGAAUGUGAAUUUAUCUUGUUUUGAGGAUGUUUAGAUAUUCUACUGGAAAGCAAAGCGAGGAUGCUAAUUUUAAAUUAACUGGAGCGAGAGAGAGUCCUCUUUAAGGUUCAGUGUUAGCUAAAGUAAUUGGAAGAAAAUCAGCUUUAGGGAGGUUAAUGUUCUGAUUAUAUCCAUUAGAGAAAAAACAAACUGAUUAUGUCGUCCAUGUGUUUAUCUGAUCUUAAAUAUUUAAAUGCUUGAGCGAUUUCAAAAUGAAAUGAUUUGGGGUGAAGAGAACAUUUUUUUGGUCUCUUUAAAUCUAUUUAUAUUUACUAAAAGUGAUUUUAAAAAUUACAUGCUCAAAGCUUUGAAAAGUGAAAAUGUAUAUAUUGAUUAAAGAGUAAAAUGUUUCUUUUUUUUUUUUAAUGACGACAAAUUAAUAAUAAAUAAUAAUAAAUUUUUCUUUACCAUAUGUGCUAGGCCAUCACUAACCGAUGUUGAAGAAGUGUUGAUAAAGUGUUGUACAUACACUGCUUUAUGAUUUUAUGACUGGUUUGAUUUUGGUAAACACGGAUGUCAGUUGCACGUCUGUGUUUUGCAGUUCUGUGGUACUGCUUUGUUUGUCAUUUGCAUAAAACGUUUUUAUUAUUCUUUGUACCUGUUCUCUAGAAUUGUAUACGCUGACAUUUGGAACCUAAUGUGAUCAAAUGUAAACUAUUUUAAAAUUGAUUUACUUUUUUAUGUUAAUUGAGAUAUUGCCGUUUCAUGUUUGAUUUCAAUGGAAGCUAGUAUUUUAUUGUGUUUUAUUAUGUUUGAAUCACUGAUUUAUAUUCAACACAUGUCUUAAAUCAGUUCAAGUGUAAAUGAAAAUGAAGAUAGCACAAGAUCAAGAGUCUCUUGUGUGACUCUAGAGAAUAUAUUUUGUUGACUUGUGAUCAGGAGGGAAGUCUGAUAAUGCAUUCAUCACAAUCUAUUCAGUUUUAAAAACUAUAGGGAGAGAGUGAGAUUUUAGAAGUGAAAUCAUGGUACACCUUUAGCUCGUAAGUAUUUAUGCUUGGCUUCAGUAAGUUUUCUCUAGGUUUUAUAAUUAAUGUUGGUCUUUUGGUUGUUUGCAACAUUAUGCCUCAUUCCUAAAAUUGUCUGUCUGAUCAAUGUGGAAUAAAAAUGUUUAGGAACCUUA